AUGACGGAUCAUUUUAAGAUUCCCGGAGUUACUCAAGAGGCCUUACGCUUGACGCUUUUCCUUUAUACAUUGAAGGAUAGAGCUAGAGCAUGGCUAAAUUCCCAACUACCAAACUCGAUCCUUACUUGGAAUGAUUUGGCGGAAAAAUUUCUAAAAAAAUACUUUCCUCCGACAAGGAAUGUAAAGAUUAGAAAUGAAAUUAUGGCGUUUCGCCAAGAAGAAGAUGAAGCGGUAUCGGAAGCAUGGGAGAGAUUCAAGGACCUUCUUAGGAAGUGUCUUCACCAUGGAAUCCCUCAUUGUGUUCAAUUGGAAACCUUUUAUCAUUGGCUUUCUAGUGCCGCUAAGAUUAUUCUUGACGCAACGGCCGGUGGUGCUUUUACAGCUAAAACCUACAACGAGGGGUAUGACAUUUUGGAACGAAUUUCUAAUAAUAAUACUGAAUGGUCUAACCCUCGUGCUGUCAUUUCUAAAUCUGCCUCGGGCAUUCAUGAGCUUGAUGCUAUUUCUUCUUUGAAUGCCCAAAUUGUUGCUCUAACUAAUUUGGUUAAAAAUAAUUUAAACUUGAAUGGGGAAAAGAAUCAAGUCCAAUCCAUAAUGUCUAAUUCUUCCAUGACUGAAUCUUGUGUUUUCUGUGGUGAAAGUCAUUCUUAUGAGUUUUGCCCCGGAAACCCCGUUUCGGUAAAUUAUGUUGGGAACAAUACAAGAAAUAGCCCAUUUUCUCCGACUUUUGAGACCCAAUUUGGCCAAUUUGCCACGGAUCUCAAGAAUAGACCUCAAGGAACUUUGCCUAUUGACACGGAAAUACCUAAGGAACAUGUCAAGGCCGUGACUUUAAGAAGUGAUAAGAACUUGGGAGACUCUAAUACCGAAAAGGAAACACCUAGUGAGCCGAUUUGUCAAGAAAAUAUUUCACAUUCUUUUGACACAUCGAAAUUUCCAGUUCUGUUUCCUACAACUGAAGAAGCUCAAAUUCCAGUUUCUGUUCCAGAAACAGCAGAUUUGCCCAGUUCCAGCACCACCCAGUCUCCAACUGAUACUGCUCACAGUGGGCAGAAACUGCCCACAACCCAGCAGAAUAAGACCGGUCCAACUGAUUUAGAUCUAAGAGAUUUACCUUUUCCAGGUAGGAUGAAAGCCAAAAAUGUGGAUGUUCAGUUUAAGAAGUUCUUGGACAUCUUUAAACAACUCUACAUUAACAUACCUUUGGUAGAAGCUCUCGAGCAAAUGUCUAGCUAUGUUAAAUUUUUGAAAGACAUCCUCAAUAAAAAGAGAAGACUUAGUGAAAUUGAGACCGUGUCUUUGACAAAGGAAUGUAGUGCCCUUCUUACUUGCAAAAUUCCCCCAAAAUUAAAAGACCCAGGAAGUUUCACCAUCCUAUGCUCUAUUGGUGGAAAAGAGGUAGGUCAUGCUUUAUGUGACCUUGGGGCAAGUAUAAAUCUCAUGCCUUUGUCCAUUUUUAAUCAGUUGGGAAUUGGGAAAGUUCGACUUACUAUCGUGACUUUGCAAUUAGCGGAUAGGUCCUUGGCAUAUCCGAAAGAUAAAAUUGAAGACAUCUUGGUUAAAGUAGACAAAUUCAUCUUUCCAGCCGACUUUCUAGUGUUAGAUUAUGAAGCCAAUAAGAAUGUUCCAAUCAUCUUAGGGAGACCCUUUCUUGCUACGGGUAGGACAUUGAUUGACGUACAAAAGGGUGAGUUGACCAUGAGAGUGAAUGACCAGCAGGUAACUUUCAAUGUGUUUAAGACUCUUAAGUUCAAUGGGGAGAUUGAGGACUGUUCGUCUAUUUACUCAGUAGGUGAAGAUUUAGAUCUAAGUUUGAUCGACUGUGUCCACAGUGGAGACACUGUGGGCACGACAGAAGACAUUUGUGAAGAAGACUUACUUGAGGACAUAGCUGCCUUUGAAUAG